AUUUUCUGUUUUAACGGUGAUUGUAUUUUCUUUGUGCAGCGUGCAACAAUGUAUACGUCAUUACAAAGUAUUGUCAUCAGAAAAAAACACCAUCAAGGGACUGAGCUUCGCCGUGAGUUGACUCGUUGCUAGGCAACGUGCCUCCAAUUCCAAAGCUUGCUUUGACGGCGGUCAAUUUUUGCUCAAUGGGAAGUUCAAACGAAAAAUAUGUUGUUUGAAUCGGAUACCAAACCUUCCAUAUAUGACCAAAUAGCGGAUCUGCAGCGGAAACUUCAACUGUUGGAAAGUGAUAGGAGCGCCUACUAUGAGAGCUCUCAUUCCGCCCUUGAGAAGAACCGCCAGGCCAUCUUGCAGCUGAGGGAGGAGAACAGGGAGCUACAGAAAAGAGUGACAGAUGCCGAGGCCGGUGAACAACAAUUGGUCCAGGCAGCCUUACAUGGCCGCGGUGCUGAGAAGGACACUGGCUCCCAAAUGUCAGGGAAGGACGCCCUAGCCAAACUUGAGCAUCGGGUGGCGUCCAAGAUGAAGCGUCUCAAUGCCCUCAGGCACACAACUCAGACCCAGCAGCGCCGCCUGGAUGACCUGAAGAGAGAGUGCCUCAGAAUGGAAGCAGUGGGCUCCAAUCUUGCAAUGACUGAAAAGGAGGAAGUUACAAUGAAGUUGAGGUCGCUACAGAACUGUCUGGAGAAGAACCAGCUCAAAUGCAAGGAGGCCGCGAACAUCAUGACCAACUAUCUGAAGCUUAAGCGUCACUUGCAGGAGGAGAGCUUGACUUUCCAAGGUCAGAUAGACGGUCUGGAAGCAGAAAUUCUGAAGUACAAGAAGGAACUUCAGGAAGUGCAGGAAAUGAACAGCAAAGCCCAGCUCUCGAAAGAAACCGCUAUUACUGAGUUACAGCAGCAGGAGGAACUCUUCUACAAGGAGCACCGAGAAAAAGAUUUACUUUUAGCCAUCUAUCGAAAAAGGGUGCAGGAGAUCAAGGCCCGGGCUGAAAAGUUAGAUGCCCAGAGGAAAACAGUACAACAGGAUGAGCUAAACAGCGAGGCAGAGUGCUACGCUGCCAGAAUGGCUGCUGAAAUGGACAGGAACAUCAACGCCUUUGAGGAGACCCUACAAAGGAUGAAAGAAGCUACUGGUUAUACGAAUACAGAGGAGGUCAUGGGUCGUUACAUCGCCCAGAAGGAGACUCACAAACAUCUGCAGCAGCUCAAAGCAGAGAAUGAAAAUGUUCUCCUGCAGCUGAAGGAGCAGAAGGAGUGCCUGAAGCAGCAGUUUGAGGACAUGAAGUAUUCGGGAGAGACACAACUGUCCAGUGAACAGAGGUUGCUGGAGGAGUGCGAACAGGGUCUGCUGGCUAAACAGCAGGCCUGCGAAGCAGCCAAGGAACGUCUGGCUUCUCUGGUUAAAACCUUAGGCACCAUCCAAGCUGGAGUGGAAUACCUAGCAGACAAACUCGGUCACAUCUCCCUGAAUCAGGCACCGUCAGAUGUGUCUCCAAACUCAGAAGAGUUUGUGGUGGAGCUGCUGAGCCAGUGUCAGCGAAAGCUGCAGUUACUGCAAGAUAAGCUUCACGGAAAAGACCUCAAUGAGAUUGCGAAGGACAUGGAGGAAGAGGAGUUUUAUUUCAUGAUUGAGAAACAACUGCCGGCUUACAACAAACGAGUCACCGCGUCUGAGGACCAAGAGAUGGACCUCCAAAAUAUGGAGGACGAGAGCGAAGAGGAUGACGGUGUGCUCUCUCGAGAGGCACUGAAGCGCCGCUCGCAAUUUAUUAUUGACUCCAUGUCCAAUAAGAAGUCCUGGAAGAUGAAAAAGAAGUGAUGAGAUCCUGAGAGCCCGGUGAUAAACAAAUGGCUGGUGAGAUUAGAAGACAAUAAAUGAUCUUUUCCUGUUCAGGCAUCAUUUAACACGGCUCUUCAAGGAACCAAACAAUCCAAAAUAUAGCUACACUAGUAGGUAGGUAGGUAGGUAGGUAGACAAUUGCAAAGGUAUACACAGGUUAUCUAGAUCACUAGGGAGAGUUCUAGAACAAUGUAAAAAGGAAUUCCAUACCCGACUGAGGUAGUCAACCAAACAGACAAGUUUUUACAGUGAACAAAACCCUCAUUGACUCGCCCACUGAGUCGCUGGUUCACUUGGAUGCUUGGAUUUGUGCAUAUGUACUUUACAGGGCUCCAGACUCAAACGUUUGUUUUUUUUUCCUAUAAACACAGUGGCUCCUAACACAAAAUUUACUUUUGCAAAGUAAAUCUUCACAUUUCCUCCCAUUUUCACUGCAUUACUGAUAAAACAAUUGAGCAAUAAAUGGCAACUGUCUUCUCUCUAACCAUCCUGUGUCUGUCCUUAGCUUAUAGCUUAGCUUAUAAUAAUUAGCUUAUAAUAUCAUUACACAUUUUUUAAAAACCCGGUUGGACCAUUGACUGUGUGGAAAAAGGCUAUUAGCAACUCCUGUCUUUUGCAUCGCAGUCCCUGUAUGCACACGCUAUAAUGCUACACAGACCACAUAAACAAAAUAAUAAACACAGGACACUGAUACAUUUUUACUUCCAGCUUGGCGCCUCUGACUCUUUUUCUUGGCCAGCUUUUUUGACAGCAGCACCACCAGCUGGAGAGUAGUCAAAUGCAUUAGUUCUGUCUAUGCGGCUGUUGAAUGAUUGACAGCUAAGAUUGUUUAUUACAUAUCCAAAUGCAACACAAGGGGAUGGGUUUUACAAGUAUUCAGUAUCAAGUAUCAGAAGUAGAGAAGGUGGAUGUGCAGGUGUUUCAUAUACAAAUAAAAGGUAAGAUGACAAUAUUUGUGUUAUCCUGUUAUCCUUGUUUGAGCAAAUCUUCUAAAAAAAUGUCAGUUUCUCACCAGCCAUUCGACAUGUUUUUUUGCAAU